CUCGUCAUUCAGCAGUAGCAGCUGGAGAGAGAGGGAGGGUUGCAGUUGGUUGCCCUUGUGUCUCCAGCUCUGAGCUUAGCGAGCAUCAUAUACUGGCUGCAUCCAGUGCUGCUCAUCUAACCCGUGGGAUAAUACACAGCGAGGGGAGAGCCCACCUGUACCGACCCGCAACUACUUCCCCGCAGAUCCUUGGCCAUCAUCACUGACAUUAGCAAAGAAAGCAGAAGAAGAUCCUGGACGGUUUGUGCUCAUCCAGUUCAAGAAGAAACUUAACCCCCCUAUACUGGGAUAAUAGGGGGGCUGCUGUGCUGACCGGAUCCGUGUGAUCUGCCACCCCCUCUACCUUCUCUGCCCUCCCAACCUGCAAGGGGCAGAUCCUCUGCACCUGUUCUUCACCCUUCCUAAAAAUGAUCUUAAAGCCAAGUGCACUUCUCUGCUUCUACAGUUUAUGGGGUGUUCUUCUACAAGUGACUGCAGUGAAGAACAAAAGCAAAGCAAGCCAAGGGCAGUUUCCCAUCACGCACAAUGUUACAGCCGUCGAAGGAGGAACUGUAAAUCUGACCUGCCGAGUUGAUCAAAAUGAUAACACCUCCCUCCAGUGGUCGAAUCCAGCUCAGCAAACCCUAUACUUUGAUGACAAAAAAGCCCUGAGGGACAACAGGAUUGAACUGAUUCGAGCUUCCUGGCAUGAACUCAGCAUUAGCAUCAGUGAUGUGUCUCUGUCAGAUGAAGGGCAAUACACAUGCUCCUUAUUUACUAUGCCUGUCAAAACUUCCAAGGCCUUUCUUACUGUUCUUGGUGUCCCAGAAAAGCCUCAUAUUUCUGGAUUUACGUCACCGGUCAUGGAAGGAGAAUCCAUUCAACUGACCUGUAAGACUUCUGGGAGCAAACCUGCUGCAAAUCUAACAUGGUUUAAAAAUGACAAGGAAAUACAAGGUGUGAAAAAAACCCAACAAAGAGAUAGUAACGGCAAGACAUUCACUGUUGUAAGCAUCCUGGAUUUCCGAGGGGACCGCAGGGACGAUGGUGCCAUCAUAAGAUGCAGGGUGGACCACGUGUCUUUGAACUCCACACCUCAAAUAGCAACUCAGACACUAGAAAUACACUAUUAUCCAACUGUUAAGAUCCUGCCCUCCACACCUCUUCCACAGGAAGGUCAACCGCUUGUACUGACCUGCGAGUCAAGAGGAAAACCUCUGCCUGAAGCCGUAUUAUGGACUAAAGAUGGCGGGGAGCUCCCUGACCCAGAGAGAAUGGUGGUUAAUGGACGAGAACUGACGAUAACAUUCUUAAAUAAAACAGACAAUGGCACUUAUCGAUGUGAAGCAGCAAAUCGCAUCGGACACAGCAGUGCUGAAUAUGUGUUAAUAGUAAAUGAUGUUCCAAACACUUUAUUUACAACCACAAUCAUCCCCCUUUUCACCUUCACAACCUCCACAACCACACCUGCCUUCUCCACCAAAGAUCCUAAUGCAUUGGCUGGACAAGCUGCAACAGACCAUGCUCUAAUAGGAGGAAUAGUAGCUGUAGUCGUAUUUGUCACAUUGUGUUCCAUUAUUCUGCUUGGGCGAUACUUGGCAAGGCAUAAAGGGACAUAUUUAACAAAUGAAGCUAAAGGAGCGGAAGAUGCCCCCGAUGCAGACACUGCCAUUAUCAAUGCAGAAGGCAGCCAAGUUAACGCAGAAGAGAAGAAAGAAUAUUUCAUUUAAAUGCAAACCUGGUUACUCGGAGUUCUACUUAUCAGGCUGACUGCUGGAGAAAACUGGCUAUCAUCUUUCAGAAUUCAUUUCGACCAUCUUCAGCUACAUUUUAUUAACUUCUGCUAUCAGUAGCUAGCUUGUCCCAACAAUCAGCUGUUGACAGCGCCAUACUUUAAUUGCAGAACGUAAUGCAGGACAUUUCUUACCGGUUACAAUGCCAUCAUCACUCUGUUAACAUUCAGUCUUACAGUGCUUGAAUAUACAGCCUUAACACGUUUUAUCUCUUUUACGCACCAUAUUUUAUUUUUUAUGUUUACACAAUAUUCUUUCAGACUGCCCUCCUAUAUUGAAUCUCCAGCACACCCACAUACACACAUGUGCAAACAUACAUGUUCUUACAUGUGGUGUGUCCUAUUGUCAGUACUACUAGGUAUAGAAUUGAUUAAAACCAGUACUAUAUUUUAUUCCGUUAGACACUUUUGAACAAUGUUUUUAUACUUAUGUAUGUGUUGCAUAUUUGUUGGAGAAGUGUGCACCACAAGAGGUCAGCUCAAUUACUUAACUCAAAUUGUAAAAUAUAUUCUAGAAUAUAGAAAAUGUUAAUUUAACAAUAUCAAACAUUCGGGCCUACUAUCUUCAUUCUUAUAGUAGUAGAAUAGCUAAAUUAGCACGGAAUGCAAAUUGGCUGAAUUAUAUUAAAAAUCCAAUUUUUUAAUGAAUCAGUCCUUCUGCUUACUAUUUUGUUUUAGUUUAUUUAGAAAAUGUGUUGUUUUAUUAAACCAUUUUCUGAUUGUUUUUUUUUUAAUAUAAUAUUAUUUAUCUUGUCUCCAUUGUCCAUAUUUAUUGGAUUCCACGGUUCUUUUCUUAUACCAGUAGCGUUCAAACAUGGUACAUAGGCAUUUCAGUAAAUCUUGUAAAUAGUACAUGUAUUAAAUCAAUUUGAAUAUUAUUUGAUACAUAUUUAACUUUUUUGGAUGUAAGCAAGUCACAAGUACCUAUUUUAUAAUGCCCCUAUAUCUGUUUAGAUAUAAACUAAACCAGUAUUAUGUGUAGAUGCCGUGUUUGAAUUUCUGUCUGUAUGUCCUAGCACUGUCCACAACAAAUCUUUUUUCUAGCUCAUUCUAGUUUUUAUUUGUUCUAUAAUGGAAGCACAAUGUUUAAGGAAAGAUUAUUUAAACUAACAACCAGUGCAAAGCCUCAGGUUUUCAAUUUCAACCACAUUUGAGUGAUGUUCUAAAAUUAUUGUUCUACUGCUUAGAUUUUAAUUUAAUUCUUUACCAUUAUGGGUUUGCCAAAAAACAAAAAACAAAAUAAAAAAAAUAAGUUUAAAAAAAUAUAUAA